AUGGAUGUUGACGAAAAGAUAAAGGCAUACAGAUUUGUGGCUUACGCUACCUUUAUAUUUUCACUAGUAGCUAUCUUGUCAGUUUUUGUAGUAUUGCCCAUUGUUUACAAUCAUGUUCAUCAUCUGCGAAAACAAAUGCGUGGAGAAAUUCUGUUUUGUCAGAAUAGAACUGUUCGUAAUGUUAAAGGUUCUUGUUCUGAAUGCUGUGUGCCAGAUCCUGUUGGGCCACCAGGAGUUCCUGGUAAGUCUGGAAAACCCCGUAAUACAGGCGCUCCAGGAAGCCUUAGAAAUUCUGGCAAACCAUUGGACCAACCUUGUUCACCAAUUACUCCACCGCCCUGUCCACAGUGUCUGGCUGGGCCGCCGGGUAAAAAGGGAAAACUAGGACCUAUGGGAGAUUCUGGAGUUCCUGGGCCUACAGGUCAACCAGGUCAAGAUGGGAAACCAGGACUGACAGGGAUGAAAGGUCGCACUGGUCUACCAGGUCCUAGAAAUGCUGCUGGUCAGCAAGGGCCGCCUAGAAAAGACGCUGAGAAUAGUCCUGCACUUUCAGGUCCUCCUGGAGCGCCAGGUGGUAGGGGACCUGAAGGGAGUGUUGGAGAACCUGGAUUACCAGGUUGUGAUGGAGUGAGAGGUUUACCAGGUCCCGACGGUAAUCCAGGAGAACCAGAAAAAAGUGGCUCGUGGGGAACAGGAGAGGAGAGAGGCACUUGUCAUAACUGCCGAAUCUUAAAUGACUUUCAAAAUUGUUAUCCGAAAAAUUGCGGGAGACGAAAUUGUCUGAAAAUGGAUGCAGAAACUAAACUGAAAGCUUAUAGAUUUGUUGCCUAUACCACCUUUGCUUUUUCCGCUAUUGCCAUAUUUUCAGUAUGCGUCACGUUACCAAUGAUCUACACUUAUGUAUAUCAUGUUAGGACUCAAAUGCGUAACGAAAUCAGUUUCUGCAAGGUUCCUUUUUCUUUCACUUUUCCUGCAUUCUUUUUUUCUAAAAAAUUAGUUUUAUGAAA